UUACGUAAAACGCGUCACUUUGUUAUGUACCCCAGCUGAUCGGGCCAUAAAGACGAUGUACAUCAGCCACUGCUGCAUAGACUAUAAUUGCCUCAUCAUAUUUUGCUUGCGCUGCGUAUUCAGCUAACAAUUGGAAAAACCGCAUAACUUGUUUGAGGGGGAAACAUUUUCUUCGUUGUCUUCGCUGGGGUUUUUCUCCUCGAUGCAGACAGGGCCCUUGGUCGUACUUGCCAUGCUAGGCUAAUUCUCGCGUCUCGUUCACUCGCGUUAAGAUGCAUAGAGCGAGCUACCAAAACUAUUUGUGAAAAUGGUGGACACUUUGAAAAAUUAUAGUUGGACGUAGGACAGUCGCAAUUAUUCGUUGCCAGACAACCGGUCUGGCUGUCAGCGUUUGAUCCUUCAAAUAUAUUUUUCCAGUCCGUUUAGUUUGGAAGUUGCCACUGCCAACCAACGUUUGUCUAGUGAAGUGACAACUGUCUUGCCGACAGUCGACCAAAAUCUGACCCUGAAACCUCAAUGAGAAAGAAGAGGCUCUGAUACUUCUCCAGACGCUGCAGGAAACAUCUUCCAGAGUAAGAUGUGGCUGAAACUCUUUUUUCUGCUGCUGUACUUCCUGGUACUUUUCGUCCUGGCCCGAUUCUUUGAAGCAGUUGUCUGGUAUGAGACGGGGAUCUUCGCCACUCAGCUGGUAGAUCCAGUGACACUGAGCUUUAAGAAGUUGAAGACCAUCCUGGAAUGUCGAGGCCUGGGAUACUCCGGCCUUGCGGAGAAAAGGGAUGUCAGAGAGCUGGUGGAGAAAUCAGGGGACCUGAUGCAGGGGGAGUUGUACUCAGCCAUUAAAAACGAGGAGCAGCAGGUGCAGUCAGACUCCAGCACCUCCUUCAGUGGUGAGAUGCAUUUCUAUGAGCUGGUGGAGGACACCAAGGAUGGCAUCUGGUUGGUCCAGGUGAUAGCCCAGGAUCGAGACGCCUUGCUAAGCAAAGCCAACUGGGGUAAGAUGGUCCAGAAGGUCUCUCAGUUUGGCAUUCGCACGGGCACCUUCAACUGCUCCAGUGACCCCAGGUACUGUCGGAAGCGCGGCUGGAUGAAGUCCACCUUGAUCAUGUCGGUGCCACAGACCUACUCCUCCAAGGGGAAGGUCAUGCUGAAGGAGUACGCCGGGCGCCGCAUCGAGGCGGAGCAUAUCUUCAAGUGGAUGACGGCCCACGUGGCGUCUCGCAUCAAGACCCUGCGGCAAACGGAGCAGCUUGCUGAGGAAUGGCGUCCAAGCCAGUCCCACCCCAUCAAGAUGUUCCUGUUUGCCCGCCUGGCCACCCCCCCGGCCUUCUUCUCGGCGCUCAGCGUCAAAUUCACCGGCCGGAUCGAGUUCAUCUUUGUGGACGUGCGCCACUGGGACAACGCCAGCAGCCUCCGGGAAGUCGGCGUGGAUCAGAUGCCUUCCUAUAUCCUGAAGAUGCCGGAAGGGAUCUAUCGCUACGGCAACAGCACGGGGGAGUUUAUCUCCCUGGCGGCCAUGGAUACGUUCCUGCGUUCCGUGCAGCCCGAGGUCAACGACCUGUUUGUGCUCAGCCUGGUUAUGGUCAACCUCCUGGCCUGGAUGGACCUGUUCAUCACCCAGGGUGCCACCGUCAAGCGGUUCGUGGUGCUGAUCAGCACUCUGGGGACGUACAACUCCCUCCUGCUGACGUCCUGGCUGCCCGUCCUGGCCCUGCUGCAGCUGCCCUACCUGGAGGCCUUCUACGCCUGCAGCCUGAAGCUGCUCCGCUACGCCGACACCACUUGCCUGGCUUCGUGGGUCCGCGCCGACUGGACCUUCUACUCCUCCCACCCGGCCCUGUUCCUCAGCACCUACCUGGCCCACGGCCUCCUCAUCGACUACUUUGAGAGGAAGAGGAGGUGCAGCAACGAGGAGCAGAGCCCCAACAACCUGGAGUGGCUGUGCAGCCUCUGGGACUGGUACAGCAGCCUCCUGGUCCACCCGAUGGCCUCGCUGCAGCCCCACCCUGACCAGUCCGACUGGGACGAAGACCCCCACUUCCUGCUGGAGAGGCUGGCGUUCCCUGACCUGUGGCUCCACCCCCUCGUGCCCAUCGACUACAUCAAGGCUCUGCCCACUUGGAGGUUCCGGACCAAUCAGGUGUUUCAGACUGAAGUAGAUGGAGCCAGGGGUGGGGACAUGGAUAUGGACACUAGAACAAUGGACAUCACAGGGCUGGCCCAGGGUAGAACAGAACCAGCCCAGACCCCGGACAGUAUAGAACAUCAGCAGACCCGGCCUCUGACCCAAACCCAGACUUAUCCCUCUGACAGUGAGCGUGAGGAGACAUCUGUUUCUGAGUCAUGUGAUUCCUGCGGCAGUGCUGGGGAGGAGCCAUGCCGGAGGAGGGAGGAGCUGCGUCCCGAUUGGUCCCAGUGGCCGGCUGACAUGCUACACUGCACGGAGUGCGUGGUGUGUCUGGAGACCUUCGAGGCGGACUUCCUGUUAAUGGGGCUGCCGUGCGGUCACGCCUUCCACCAGCAGUGCAUUGUGGUCUGGCUGGCGGAAGGACGCCACUGCUGCCCCGUGUGUCGCUGGCCUCCUUACAAGAAGAAACCAGUGGAGCAGGAAGAACAAUAACAGACUUCCUGUUUGACUUCACACACCUGCCUCCUGCACUUAAAUGUUACUGAUAGAAUCCCUGGCUGUGCCCUCUUGUUUGUCCCUGGUCAUGGUCGGGUUGCCUCAACUGUUGGCUUGGUGAACCGUAGAGUUAAAACUGGAAAUAGUACCUGUGUUUAUCUCUAUGGUGUUUGCAGUCACACUACAAGUAGGACCUGCUUAUGUUAGUAAUCCUCAACACUAGUCUCAUAGGAAAGCAUUGGGAUUCAUUAUGCCCUUUGUUUAAAUAGUAGAUUAUCAAAAUGCUUAACAAAAAUGUGGGUAUGGGUAACUAUUUUUGAUGUUAAAUUAAGAUCCCACAGAAGUGGUGACAAAUAACGCAGAGAAUGUGUGAAUUGAAAUGAUAGAGACCCAGUAUAAAUAUGAUACAUUAUAAACAGAAACAGAAUAACGAUCUGAAGAGGUGACCCUUGACCUCUCUACUGGCUCUCCCAGUCUAUCAACAAGAACAGUCCCUUCUUAGAGAUCCACACAGAACCAGUAGGACAGAACCAGUAUGAUCAGGCCCUGGAUAAACAUGAUCCACCAACUACCAACCAGGCCUCUGUUCAGAGGCAAGUUUGAGGCAUGUACAUUUAUAUGUAAUAAUAAGAAUUUAACAAGCGAUCGUACAACUUAAUAAACAUGAGUGCAUUCUUUCCCUGUAAAACCUGAAAAGAAGAAAAACAAAAAAACAAGUGGAAUGUCCCUUUACAUGGUGUCCUGCGCAGCUGGCCCCGGAGCAUGCCCAUCUGUGGUUGUUGUUAAACAGAUUAAUAUUAUUAUUUAUGAGGGAUCAUAACAAUCCUAGUCACUCAUCCUUGUACUCUGUGUAGUUGGACUUGGACCAGAGAAAUGAGAGCUUGACUUGUAACAUGUUGUCCUCAAAUAAAGUUGAGUUUCA